AUCUGGCAGAGCAGCAGAGGCCGGUCAACGGGAGACUGAAGGUCAAGAAAGCAACUAUUCAUCCUGCGAACUGAGACACAAACGAGUGCAUCAUGGUUGGUGAACAGCGCUUUGUAAUCAGUGCCCGCAUGAUCGGAGCCGUCCACAGGGACUCACCAAAACUCAAGAUGUUCAUGAUAUCUGUGUUAUGGUCUGAUGAGACUGAAGUGAUUGUCUACAGGUCCUUCCAGGAUUUCAAGAAAUUUCAUAGGCAGCUGAAAAAGGGAUUCCCUCACAUGAACCCUUUCAAGAAAAAUGACAGACUGAUCCCAAAAUUUAGGGGGCAGGCCAGGAAGAGCAGCCUCCAGCAGAAAGGAUCCAAGCGAUCAGUCAAACGCAUGAAGUUCCUGGACAGCUACUGCGACAAACUGCUGAAGUGUGACCAACCUGUGACUCAGAGCUCACAGGUCACACAGUUCUUCAUGCCCAAAGACCAUGACCUGCAGCCAGACUUCACCAAGAACAGCAUCAUGAUCCUGCUGUCUGAUGAUCUGCCCGAUGGCUCAGGUGGAGAAGGUGGUGAUGGGACUCGCCAGCAUGCAGGCAACGUCACUCACCCAUUCGUCACCCAGACUUACCGCUGCGUGGCUGCUUACGAGACAAAGGACACCAAGAAUCGUCCAUUUAAGGUGGCUGUGGAUGAGAAGCUGGAUGUCCUGAUCAAAGACCCUGCAGGUUGGUGGCUGGUGGAGAACGAGGAUAAGCGUUUGGCUUGGUUUCCUGCUCCCUACCUGGAGUUGUUGGACACGGAGGAUGAUGAUGGCGAUGAUGGAUUCCAGCUUGCAGGUGCCCUGUACUGUGCCGUGAGGAGUUUCUCUGCUAAGGAGAGUGACGAGGUGUCUGUGCCCAUUGGCUCUGUGGUGGAGGUGCUGAGGAAGUCUGAUGACGGCUGGUGGCUCAUCAGAUUCAAUGGCAAAGCAGGUUACGUCCCCUCCAUGAACCUGCAACCAUACAACAAUCCACGGGCCGGCCUUUACAGUCUGCACAAGCUGCACAGCUCCACUCUGAACCUGGCAAUUCAGGCACCUCGUCGACCCAGCAACAACAAAGACGGCCCACAGCAGGAUUCAGCAGGUCUGUCCAGAAGAGAGCCCAGUGUGCCCGGGCGUCUCCACAAGGCCCGAUCUCUGGAUGUCCUCUCUGAGACCUGGACCCAGACACAGAUGGAGAGGGAUGCCCCCACCUCAGAUGGUCGUGCACGCAGUGGAAGCAACACAAGCACUGAGAUCAGCUUCUCAGGCUUCUCCUCAAGCAGCGAAUCAACCUCAAGUUUAGCAGAGAGCCGUUCAGGCAGUCCUGCAGCCUCAUCCCAGCCUGGUGUCAGCAACAGCGGGAGACGCAGCCCUGAUCUCAGCCUCUCUGACCGCCGCAGCUCCAACACCAGCACUGACAGCGCUGUAUCUGUCAGCUCCAAAGGCAGUGAGACAGGUUCAGUCGCUCCCAGGUUGCCACCCAGACCCAAAACUGAGGAGAUCCUGACCCGCUGCACCACCAUGACCCGUAAGGCAGCCCUGGCCACCAAGACCCGGCUUCAGAUUCAGCCAGAGUCCAUCCACAGCCUCUAGGCCAUUACAAGCCUUUGUUUUAUUAAGUAUACAAGUAACAUGUUAAUUCUUGUCAAAUCAAAGAUUGUAGAGCUAUCAACCUGGACAAGAUAAAUGUAUGAUGACCACUAGAUGAAGUCUAGAUAUGUCCCAUUUGAUCAAAUGGAGGAAGGCAUCUGAAUAUUUCACCCAGAAUAAGAAUAAUAAUGUAGCUUCAAUGAAGCGUUAGAAGAAGCAUAUGCAAGAAAAUGUAUGUGACAUUGUCAUAGAGUAGUAAACAAAUAUUUUCUCUAGCUUUGAAGCCACUUAAGGGUAAAUUUAAGUGGAUUUUUGCAGUUGAAAUGCCUUGGUAUUUACACUGAACUGUAUUUUAUAUAUCUCUUUUGCACACAUAGAAAUCAGAUCUGCACAUCCUGAAAUGUUUGAUGAUAUAAAAAUUAUUUAUCACCUUUUAUUAAUUAUUAAUAUUUUAUUUGCUAUAUCGUUCACAGCAGUAAUUUUACAUUUUAAUAUUAUUUUUAUUUUAUUUUAUUAUUUUUCACCAUCUCAUUUACUUUGAGUAAACAGUUUCUCCUAAUGGAAAUGAACAUAUGGCCUCAAGCAGGCCGGCUUGUUGUAAACAGCAGCAAAGAACAUGUCACUGAAUAGACUGAAUACCAGUAUGAAGGUGUGGCAAAUAAGAUGUCAGCAAACAGGAGAGACAAUCUUAUUUGUUACCUUCUAUAUCUACUAUGCUGCUUGUUAUAUGAAUAUGUAUAAAGUAGUCCUUGUAUGUACAGUAUGUGUUGCAUUACAUAACCUGUUCACAAUGCAUCAUAAUGUGUAAGUUUAACAUAAACAUGUCAAUAAAAUCAAAAUUUAACCAAA